AUGCAGAUCAAUCUUCUAAAUAUUUUUACUAUCAGAUUGCAUCAUGGUGGAAGAUUAGAAUAUUUGGGUGAUAGAGCAAAUAUUGGUGGGAAGGUCAAUCACAUUGAUAGGUGUCAUGUUGAUGAGAUUUCAUUAAUUGAGUCGGAUAGUAUGUUAAAAGAUACUAUUAGAUUGUAUGCUGAUGAGAUAUCAUUAGGAUCCUAUGAGAUUAAUAAAUUCUAUCAUAGGUCUUGGCAUGAAUGGAGGUUGUUAGAAAAUGAUGUGCAAGUCUUGGACAUGAUCAAUUGGGUUGAUGAGGACAAAGUGAUUGAUAUUUAUGUUGACCAUAUUAAGCAAAAAUCAAGUUGUAAUGGGGAUAUGAAUGAUAGUGACUCAUCAGACUAUGACAUAAUUGAUGAUCAAUUAUAUGAGACAUUUGUCGAUAAGGAUGUUGACAAAGGGAAAGGUGUUGAUAGUAAAAAAGGCACAACAUAUGAUGUUGAUAAUGAUUUGUGUGCUGAAUACUAUGACAGUGAAAAUUAUUAUGUCUUAGUGGUUCAUCAUCGGACGACGAGGAAGGAGGACAUUGUAAAGAAAGAGGGUGAAGUAUCCACAGUUAAUUCAAAGUCUGAUAUGGUUGACCCACAGUUUAAGUUAGGUAUGUGUUCAAAACAAUUGCUGAGUUUAGAGCUGCAGUUAGACAACAUGCAAUAA